AAGAUCGCACUGCAUUUGUGGGCUUUUUGUGGAGAGAUUGUGUGUAGUUCAUUGUGGUAAAUCUUGCUAAAAAUAUUUUUGUUCAAUAACAAUUCCAUCGUUUUCAACAUCCCCUGUUUGCGAAUCAUACUGAAGACAGAUCAUGAUCAUGUUGCCCUAUUUUUUGUUUCGUCUUGACCGAAGGUUUUGGUCCCUUUCAUCGUUGAGGUGCAGUGCACUUCUUUGCUUUCUUUACGUUCCUGUACGCGUGGUCGAAAGUGCCAGGUUCGCUGUCCGCCCUGCUUCAUCUACGGGGCCGUUUGAUAAUGCCAUUACAGCAGAUGCGCCUUUGGAUACACCGAGAGGAGCACGGCAACAGCCACGACCUUCUUCGACGGGAACAAACGAAAACAACUCCUGUAGUCGCAGUAGUUGUAAACAAGGAGGACGUCAACUACAAUCGAAAAGGUCUGAUGAAAAAGUUGCAAAGGAAGUGAACAAAAACAUCGAUCAAGAGAUUAUUGUUUCCGACUUGGAGUGUGCGAUCUGCCUACAAAAGCUCUUUGAAUCGCCAGAAGAAGAAGCGGUAGAAGAAGAGGACGAACUAUGUGAUGCAUCCAUUGUCUCUUCCGGAGCACGGCAAGAAGAAGAUACCCCACUCACACGCCAAGAAGGCGAGCAAAGAGACGGGUCGUUAAGAACUACCUCGAGGCAAGCUCCUCCAACAGGUGGGGCCGCGAGUUCUUCCACAGAUCCUGGGACAAGGCAGUCGACUAGCACUAGUACAGUCGCUGACGAGGAUCUGGACUCUCUAGAGCCUCAGAUCCAGGAGAUUACAUCCUCAGACGCGGGGCAGACGAACCAUUGGGUGAGACAGCACAACACACCUUAUGGCGGCUAAUCCAUGUUUAGAGGCAUCUUGAGACGCUUUUUCGAAGGAUUAGGGUGGGGCGCCAGGAUUAGGGUUUAGGGUUGGAUUCGCGCGAGCUCUUUAGGGUUGGAUUGGCGCGAGCUCUAAGCAGACGCAGAAGCAUUGUUGACACCGCAGUCACUGCCAGCACGGUUAACAGGUUUAGCAUGGCCUGCAGGUCGUGGAAUUACGUCCACUAGGAGAAGCAGAAACGUAAGGAAUCCUGGAAACGUGAAUGGCGGCACUUCUAGGCGUGCGAGUCUGUUGCGGUCGAUGCGGUUGGAGCAUCUAGUCGCAGGUUUGCAAGGACGGCGACUAAAUCGAGCGCCUGUUUCGAGCGGACGGCCCGAGGACGACUCGUCGCCGGAAGCCGUCUCUAACGCGUCUGAGACGGCCGGAAGUUCGGAACGAGGAGGAACAAAUAACGGUGUUGAUAUAAGAGGAUCAAGAAGUGGCUCUCCUAAUCGUGCAGGUGAACAAAGGGGUGGACAUCAUAGAUGCACACGUUGGAGGAUGCCACGCCGUUCUUCUAUCGGAGUGCCUAUUAAGGCUUCAGGCAAUCCAUCCUCGGAAGCAUCUUGAGGCCUUCUGCUAAGGGGAAAGUAAGGGCAGGAUGACUUUCAAGGUGGAUUCCGGAAAGUUCUAAGCCUACUACAACAGCAACUGCUUCUACUCCGGACAGUGGUGCGACAGGUUCGACAUCAGGUUCGCUCGGUGAUAACGGUGGUCGGUUUUUUUCGUCUUCUUCGGGGAGUGGAUUUGGAAACGGAGAACGGGGUCUAACGGUUGACGGAGCCGCUUCACUGCGGGAUUCUCAGAGCCUUGAGAAUUCGAGUGAAGAACAAAGAACCUCCUCUGAUCAAGACGCGUACUCGCCUGGCAGUGAUGGUACCAGAACAACAACUGGUGGUCAAACUUCUACCACAACUUCCGCCGCCCUCGCGACUACAACUAUGUAUCAUAAUCCAGAACUACAGGAGGAACGAGGCCCAGAAGGAGGAGCCAUAGGGCCACCAAAAAACGAGGGAGUACAUGUACAGUCCACUACUUUGCGACGCACAGAGCAGCAUAGUUUUUCGGAUGUGCGGCAGAUGCUAGGACUCCAGAGUCAUCUAGUUGGCGCUUUGGAAAUUGGGGUUUUGGACCAUCAUGCGCCGAUGCGGCAGCCAAACGCCUGUGUCGGGCUUUCCGCUCGUCUAGGCUGGAGCCAGUCGUGCAACCUGAGUGAUUUCAUCGUUGCCGACACCUCUGGACGCUUCGUCGUGGUACUACCUACUUCUUCGGACGACGACCAAGUCGUUAUAGAUGCCACAAAAAGACCAGGACGGACGAAGGGGAAAAAACUUUUUAGGGAACACCAAUCUAGUCGCAGUCAAGCUAAUGAAGAACACCAGUCUCCAUCUAGUCAAGCUAGUGCAGCAACAGUUGUAGAACAAGAGCAAGACGUAGAACAAGGAAAUGGGCCUAGAAGGACAGGAUCAGGGUCCGAUACGAGAACAAGAGCAGGGCAGGGUCAGAUGCGAGAACCGUCCUCGGCAGAAAGUGAAGAUGAACAAAGCAGAGAUGAAGACGCAGGAUCAAGAAUGGGGAAAGGCAGGACAGUUAAGGCUCGUCUCUACUCACCUUAGCUUCGAUUGUAGUUAAAAGCUCCUGAAGUUCGGAGAACAACAGAUUGUGACCUUAUACUUGUUUUAGUAAGUAGUGGAUGUUUAAUCAAUAACACCCCUCUAAUCAAUAAAACCCCUCCAAUAAGAAGCGUGUAAAACCCCUCUAAUCAAUAAAACCCCGAUAAUCAAUAAAGCCCCCUCCAAUAAGAAGUGGUCUGAUAAUACUUGAUAUUCUUGAUAUGUUAGUCCCUGCAAUUCGAAACGUCUCUAAUACGAAAUGUCCAAGACUACGAAGAGGGCCUCUCUCAGUGGAGCAUUUGCGAGCGGUGCCAACGUGUCAGCACCUCUUUCACAAAGAGUGUCUGGAAGGCCAUCUGCGUCACACUUGCUACGAAGCGGUUAGGUCCAAUGCGCACAGAGUCGGCAGCGAGAAUUAUGUUGAGGUACUAGAUAUCUUUGCCUCCAAAGCCUGAAUUUGAUAUAAAUUUUACAUCGCUUACAUCGCUUCAAGACCUCCUCUAACCAUUGCGUUUCGUUUAUCGCUGUCCUGUGUGCCGUGAGAAAUGCGAUGUCGGCAUCCGCGUGGUCAACCCCGCAGAUCUUCCAUCGCACUUCCGCACUGAUCCUGCUGGUGGGUCGAGUAGUAUUAGUAGCAUCGGAUUGGGGAGUGACAGAUCAACUGUUAAGGCAAGGCUCUGGUGACUACUCGUCUGUUAAGGCUGUUCGCGGUCUCCAGGACAUAGAGGUCGCGGAGGGAAGUACUAUUCUGAAUGGAAAAACACCAGGAAGGUGUUCGUCCCUAACAUCUUCCCGCAGGGAGGUAUUUCCAGGAAAAUGGUCAUUCUUAGAGGUCGUGGAGGGAAGCACUUUUUUGAAUGGAAAAAGGUGGUCAUUCUUCGAGUCUGGUGUUGCCUAUUCGUGCCCUAGAAGCUUACAACUACUUCCUAUAUUAACAGGCUUCAGUGCCGUAGCACGAGUUUAUUACUACUUGUUUGUUUGUAUUGAUGCGCUUCGGGCAAGAACGCGUACGAUCACGCCGGAUUUCUUUGCGCUUCGUGUGUUUAUUCCUACUUGCUAUGAAGAUAGUUGUUACUGCCACCUUUCUUGAUGAUGAUGUGAGUCUACUCGGCAGGCUGACUGCCACCUUUCUUAAGCGGUCAGCUCUAAGUCACAACACCGAGCCACCGCGGCUCAGCGUGGUCAAGCACAGCAGCAGAGACCCGAGUCUGUGGCAAGUCGUGUCAACUUCGAAGAGGGAGUCCUUAUCGAUGACAGUGGUAACGACGACUUCGGACAAGUUAUCUAUGAGCAUUGCCCUUGCGGCCCUGAGAUAUCGGCACUCUGCGGAUAUUUUUUUGCGCCGUUACCGGGGUAUCGGAGGCCAAAUCUAUGAAAACGGUGGAUCUUAGCAAGGCCUGUCGGACAAGGAUGUGUGUGUCUAUGCGACGAUCUCUAUCUAGGUCUAUGUGAUCAGUGUUAAGUAGCGUAUCACUGGUAGGAUGUGGGACGUCUACGUUAUCACUGUUGAGUAGAUGAUCUCUAUCUAAGUCUAUGUGAUCACUGUUGAGUAGACGAUCUCUAUCUAGGUCUAUGUGAUCACUGUUAAGUAGAUGAUAUCUUGGUCUAUACAUUCAUCACUUUUGGAUGAUCUCAAUCUUUUCGGUGAAGAUCUAUGUGAAGAUCAGUGUUGAAAAACUUGGCCUUGAUCUUCUGUAUCUGAGAAACGUUCUCAUGGGUUGUGUAUCUUAAAAAAUUUCUCAUGAGUAGUUGUACUUUCUCCUGUCCUCCGUUAUGGCUCUGGUUGGUAUAAACUUGAAGAUAGGCACCCACGAGGCACUACGGUCUCUUCGUUGUAAGUUCUUAAAAACUUGGUUUGUGAAUGUGAUGUAGCUCAUAGCAUACUUACUCUGUGGGAGGGCUCAUUGUACGGGAUCCGCAACCCUAGCCAGCCACUUCACCCCAAACCCGAAGUCUAAAAUUCACUUUUCGAGUUGAAUCAUCCUCUUUCAUUCCGAAGAUCGUUGUCAUCGUCCGGCAGGAGUGGUCCAGGAGAGGAUGCGUCUGAUCUGGAGUACGUGACUGUGCCUUGCUGCUGUUGUUGUAUUUCUGCACCGCGAGAGUUAUGAUCUUCUUCCUCAAAAUGCUUUGGAGAUGCUGUUUGAUUUUUCAGGGUACUUAGUUAUGUUCAAUAUCAAUAUCUUCUUUUUUUGUCAAAUGAGUAGUGAUGUUCAAUAUCUUCUUUUUUUAUCAAGACAGAGUCAUGAAGUACUGGACCUAGACCAACCCAAUAGAAACAUCGACUUUGAGUUGGUCUAGUUAUAGUACUUCACGACUCUGUAGUGCGUUUAGAUUUGGGUGAAAGAAGAGUAUGAUCAGAUUUAGAAGAGUGUCUUAUGUAGAUUUAGAAGGCCUAGAAGAUGAUGGCUUCCUUCUUUCUUCCUAACUCCACUCGUCUAAUUCCAUACACUCACUUAUUUCGCUCUGCCAGUCCUGAAAUACGUCGACAGCGUGAAGAAGCAUGUGCUGCGAGGCUCCGAUGCCUCUCCGAGGCACGCGACUCAGCCUGCUACAAAUGUUUUACGCCAGUUUAUCCUGGCUAUUGUUGCUGGUUCGUCUGCAUUUGUCCCUUCAAUUAUGGCAAAAAUAAUUUCCUCUAGCGCAUUACGUGCAGAUGACAUCUAUAGACGCUCUCAAGGAAGUACAAUAUCUUCUGUAGACGCUUUCAAGUAAGUACAACAUUUUCAUCUGUAGACGCUUUCAAGUACAACAUCUGUAUACGUUUUCAAGUACACCAUCAGGAGACGUUUUCAAGCACAUCAACCACAUAGAUACAACUCUAAUGGCAGAUUUGGCCUUGUUUCGAUUGGGUUCCCGAUCCGUGCGGUCCACAUCCAGCUGACGUGAUUUUCCGUAACGAGCAUUCUCCCUGUAGCCGCAGUUUCGUUUAAGGCUACUUCCGCUGAAGCAUAAUCCUUGCCACCAUGAAGAUUCUUGGUUCCUUUUUCUACUUGAAAAAGAAACAUCUCGCCGGGCUCUUCUUCUACUUGUGAAAUCGAGCAAACGAGCCCCCAAGGAUAUGACUUUCAGGGAAGAUGCGAACGCGGUAGCUCUAAUUCAUUGGUUGGAUAGAAAAUGCUGCACAGUUCGCAUCCUCUGAUUGUGGCAAGGCCUUGUGCACACCCUAUGCAUUUAUGGAGGGUACUUAAGUACUUACACGUGAUAAUAUUAACUUGAUUCAAUGAAGAUCACGUAAAUUCAAGUUUAUGCAAUGGACACGAUGAUGUUUUUAAGUUCAAUUUUUAGCUCAAUGAAAACCAAAUAAGCUACUGUUGAAUCCGGAUUUUUCUGAGUCUCCCUGAAUCCAGUUCUGCUCUCUAGCUUUGCAACGUGUUCAUGUCAAUGCCAGCGUGGUCGCUUUACGGGGUUUCCGUACUGCAACUCGCGCAUCACGGAGUGCCCUUACUAUAUUUAUGGAUAGACUUUGAUUACUCUCAUAUGACGAUUAUAAGGUUGUGAUUAAGGACUCUCAUCUGAUUACUCACAAGGUUGAUUAAGAUUAAGUACAACUCCCAACAUCUAGUGUGAUGCAUUACUGCGAGUACAGAAUUCCCCUUCCUCUAUGGCGAACUUUCUCUUUACGGCGAUUGAUGUUCGAGAUGAAUCACCUACGUAUCUUCUCCUUUGAGGGCGCAGUGCAUCGCUUAGUCUAGGUUCCGUAUCUUCUCCUGCAGUGCAUCGCUUAGUCUAGGUUCUAGUCCGUUUGCUAGCGAUAGACUUCAUGGAAUGGAAUUCGCCGUUCUUUCUAACGAACUGGAUGCAACUGGGAACCGCCGGCUGGUUUGGCUGUACCUUUGCGCUCUGUUGUGCACAACAAUGCGACGACUAA